UGCGGCAAUCAUAUCACAGAUGUAGAGACAGGAUUUCAAUAGAUGUUGCGGUCUGGUGCUGCAGUGCACCCACGGCCUUGGCCUUUACGAUGUUUGGUUUGGAUUGUCUUGGCACUCACGGUGGGUCCAAAGCUGGCUGCUGUGGGUUUUGGCGAAGGUCUUCCUGCUAAGCCUGCCAAGCUCAAGUCGCUCAAGCCAGCCAAGAAGGGAAGCAGCUACGGGCGGGGCAUUGUUUCCAGAAGUGAGCAAGAGCAGCGUCGACAACGGCGUCUUGGCAAGGACCCUUCGAUCAACAGAGCCAGAAAGACUCUGCUUGGCGAGACCGCGGAGCAGGUCUUUCAGAUUGGAGAUAUGGAACUGCCUCUGUUGGUCCCUGCUUAUGUUCUGGACUAUCAGCGCUUUUCAAUGAUGGUUGAAGCUGGAGCUGGAACUGUUUCGGAUAUUGUUUGGCCGGCAGAGCAGGCUCUAGCCGAAACCCUGCUAAUCAGGCGGGAAUUGUGGCAAACCUAUGGUCUUUGCGAGAUUGGAGCUGGCUUGGGUCUAGCAGGCCCUUUGUCAAAUGCAUAUGAUGGGAUUCUGCGCUCCAAAAUCGUAGGCUAAUGGCUGUGGUGAGUUUCGUGCGUCCACUACGGGUACCGCCUGGGGUGUUUGCUGCUGCCCCUGCGAGCGGGAAGGAUGUCAAGCGUUUCAGAUGUGCAGCUUAUCCUGUUGCCUCAAAUUGCCAAAUUGUACUGUAAUGGUGUGUUUUAAACACUCACUCACCUUAGAAGUUUGGAAUCUAAGAAAGACAAUGGUAUGCCAACGGCCAAUUUACUGUAAGCUUCAUGGUGCUGCACUGGCAACCAGAUUGGUCCAAAGCACCAUGCCUGCAACGCCCACCGCGACAACAGAAUGAAGAGGGUCCAUGCCGCCCCUCCCACGAGAUCUGAUGUGAAUCGAGCUGAGAUGGCUGCACCUGCCACUGAGCGAGUGAAAGUGAGUGAAAGUCAAAGUGUUGUGUGAGGGUGUGCCUUUUGUGCGUGACGAGAAGAGAGAGAGAGAGAGAGUGAGUGAGUGAGUGAGUGAGU